AAGGAAUUGAAAAAGAUUUUUGGUUUUAAAAGAUGGAUCCGGAUACAGUCAAAUCGACUCUCUCGAAUCUAGCAUUCGGAAAUGUAAUGGCGGCUGCUGCAAGAAAUUAUCAAAAGGAAGUUCUUGCCAAUGAGAAGGCGCAAGGAUCAAAUCCUGUUAAUGAAGAGGUUGAUCUUGAUGAACUUAUGGAUGAUCCAGAGCUAGAAAGAUUGCACGCAGAUAGGAUUGCAGCACUAAAGAGAGAAGUCGAGAAGAGAGAAGCGUUUAAAAGACAAGGACAUGGUGAAUAUCGAGAGGUAAGCGAAGGAGAUUUUCUGGGUGAAGUCACCAGGAGUGAGAAAGUGAUAUGUCAUUUCUACCAUAAGGAAUUUUACCGGUGCAAGAUUAUGGACAAGCAUCUGAAGACUCUUGCACCUAGACAUGUGGACACAAAGUUCAUUAAAGUGGACGCAGAGAAUGCUCCUUUCUUUGUCACGAAGCUUGCAAUAAAGACGUUGCCUUGCGUUGUGCUUUUCAGCAAGGGAAUCGCGAUGGAUAGGCUAGUUGGGUUCCAGGAUCUGGGCACUAAGGACGAUUUCACCACGAAUAAACUAGAGAACGUUCUUGUUAAAAAGGGAAUGCUCAGCAAGAAGAAGAAAGAGGAAGAUGAAGAAGACGCUGAAUAUCAAGAGAGCAUACGGCGGUCUGUUAGGUCUUCAGAGAAUCUGGACUCUGAUUCUGACUGAUCAAGCAGUUGACAUCAAAGAUCUGCCAUUGAUGCUAGUCUCUGUUUUUCCCUUGUGCUCUUUUGUUAUAUGUUUAUUAGAAAAGAAAAUUGCGAUAUGAAA